AUGAACUCCUCCGUUCUGCCCAAGGCAGCCCUCCCGGCUCGCCAGUUCUCCCCCGCGCAAAUAUGUCGUCGCCAAAGGUUUAGAACAUGCGCCGGCAGGAAGGCUUCCGCUGCUGGCUUUACUGUAGUUGCUAGGCCUCGCAACAGCCGCUGCUCAACGACACCCACUUCUCCGACAAGUCCUGUCUCGAAGCCAAGGACCUUCCACACUACCAACCGACUGCUUGCUACACCUCGCGACCCCUACGGCGUACUGGGUGUUGACAAGAGCGCCUCGCAAUCCGACAUCAAGAAGGCCUACUACGGUCUAGCCAAGAAGUACCACCCCGACACGAACAAGGACGCCAACGCCAAGGACAAGUUCGCCGAGAUCCAGUCCGCCUACGAGAUCCUAUCCGACCCCGAGAAGAGGAAGCAGUUCGAUCAGUUCGGCGCUGCCGGCUUCGACCCUUCAGGUGGCCACCCUGGCCCCGGCGGUGAUCCUUUCGGUGGCGCGCACCCCUUCGGCGGCGGCUUCGGCGGACGUGGCGGCUUCGGCGCAAAUAUCAACCUCGAUGACCUCUUCUCAGCAUUCACCGGCGGUCGCGGUGGUCCCUUUGGGGGCGGCGGCGGUCGGGGUCCGUUCCAGCACGAGAUUUUCGAGGGUGACGACAUUGAGGUACAGGUGCAGGUGUCGUUCAUGGAGGCGGCCAAGGGAACAAAAAAGACGGUUACGAUCCUGCCCUUGACGGAAUGCGGCACAUGUACCGGCAGCGGUAUGAAGAAGGGCACUCAGAGGUCGACCUGCAAGUCCUGCGGCGGUACCGGUCAAAAGGUGGUCACGGUGAUGGGCGGUUUCCAGAUGGGCACCGUCUGCAACGCCUGCAGCGGCAGCGGCAUGGUGACGCCCAAGGGAUCCGAGUGCAGGACCUGCUCGGGCGACGGCGUGGUGCGGGAGCGCAAGACGAUGGUGGUCGACAUCCCCGGCGGUAUCGAGGACGGCAUGAAGCUACGGAUCAGCGGCGAAGGCGACGCGCCCCCAUUAGGCAGACAAUCGAACCCCAACGCCCAGGGCACCAAGGGCGACCUGUUCGUCCACGUCCGGGUUGCGCCCGACCCCAAGUACCAGCGCCAGGGCUCCGACAUCCUCUACACGGCGACGAUACCGCUCACCACGGCCAUUCUCGGCGGCGAAGUCACCAUCCCCACUCUCGAGGGCGACGCCAAGGUCCGUGUCGCCACCGGCACCAACACAGGCGACAAGAUGACGAUGGCCGGCAAGGGCAUGCCCAAGCUCAAGGGCCGCCGCGGAGCCAAGGGCGACCUCCGCGUCGAGUUCCGCGUCAACAUGCCCAAGUAUCUGAGCCCCAACCAGCGCACGAUAAUCGAGAUGCUAGCGGACGAAAUGGGCGACAAGACGGCCAAGCGCGUCAUGAACCUUCACAAGUCCUCAUCGUCGACGUCUGAGAACUCUUCUUCUUCAUCGUUCACCAAUAACUCUGAUUCUCUCGACCCCGAGGACCACAAGAAUGAGGGGUUCCUCAAGUCGUUGUGGCAUAACUUGACCAACCAUCCUGCUCAUCAGCAGAAGGAUGGAACGGAAGGGUCGACGGAGACGGAGACUAAGAAGGAUGGCGAGAGUGAGAAUAAGGAUGAUACCAAGAAGGAGUAG